AUCCUUUCAAAAUUUUCAACCAUUGCUGUGCACACCUCUUUAUAAUCCCACCCCACUCCCCGCCCUUCUUCUCACUACUCUCUCCAUCUUAUCUUCUCUUCUUCUUUCCCUUCAACUCAACCUUUCUCUGCAAAAAGUAAGCUCAAAUGGCCUCCCCUGAUGAUACCUCUGCUCUCGACCUCAUCAGGCACCACCUUCUUAACGAUUCUCUGUUCCUUGAACAUUACCCAGAAUUCCGAUUUCAAUCGGAGCCGCAGGUUGUCUCCAGCCCGACCAAUAAGAGGUUCUGUGAGAGGAAACCCAGUUUGAAUAUCGAGAUUCCCAGAUCUCCGGCGAAGAAAUUGGAGGAGGGGAAGGGAAAGCAAGCUCCGGAGGUUCAAGAAUCCGGCGAAAUCAAGAAGCACUACAGGGGCGUGAGGAUGCGUCCCUGGGGGAAGUUUGCGGCGGAGAUCCGCGACCCGAACCGGAAAGGGACCCGGAUUUGGCUUGGGACCUUCGACACCGCCGUGGGCGCCGCGAUGGCUUACGACCGGGCGGCCUUCAAUCUGAGGGGGAGCAAAGCUAUACUUAACUUCCCGCUUGAUGUUGAGAAUUUCCGGCCGGGGAAGGACUCUCAGCCGCCGGCGUUGGAAUCUGGCCGUAAGAGGGAGAGAGAAUCUCACGCCGGGGAGGAUGUAUCGGUGUUUAAGGAGGUAAAAAGAGAAGUGGUGGAAGAAUCAUCUAAUAAGACGGAGGAGGGAAGUCAAGUCCCGGCACCGGCCGCAGCCGCAGCCGCAGCAGCGGCGGGUCCUUUAACUCCGUCAAGUUGGAUGGCGGUAUGGGAUUGUGGAGAACCGAAGGGUAUAUUUGAGAUUCCACAAUUGUCGCCUUUGCCAUUGUCACCAAGUUUAUAUAAUUUUUAUAGUGGAAUAAUUAAAGUUUAAGCACUAUAGUUUGAAAAGCCUUUGGGGGAAGAACAAUCUUUCUGUGAACACAAAAAUGGAGAAUUUAGGCAGUUGGAGAUGGUUCUGCCAAAUCUCUUCAAUCUUUUAUUUUAGCUUGAAUUAUUCAAUAUAAUGUAAAUAUAUGUAAGAUACACUUAUACAUAUACACCUAAGAUAUAUGAAUUUGUUACAUUUUGUACUAAUAUGUAUAUAAAGUUCAUCAUCAUCUUCUGAAUCUACCAUCCUUUGUCGUGUACCAUAAGUACUCGUAUAUUAUAGCCAAAAUAAAAUACAAGACUAUUGGGUAUUCAAAACACCAUUGAAACUGUCUAAAUAAAAUGAAC